AUCAUUCAUUUAUUCAUUCAAUUUUUCCCCAAUACUCAUUUCUUCAACAAAAAGAAAAUCAAUUUUUAGUUAAUAUUUUGAUCAAUUGUGGGUUCUUUUUAUUGAAUUAGAAAAGAAAAAUGGCAGGAUUAAUAGACAAAGCGAAGAAUUAUGUAGCAGAAAAAAUAGCAGAUUUACCAAAACCAGAAGCAAACAUAGAAGAUGUUGAUCUUAAAGGUGUAGCCAAAGAUGGUGUUACGUACUCUGCUAAAGUUGGUGUUUUUAAUCCUUAUUCUCAAUCUAUUCCUAUUUGUGAGGUUACUUAUGUCCUUAGAAGUGAUACCAGGGAGAUAUUGUCGGGGCGAAUGCCAGACCCAGGUUCAAUAAAAGGAAAGGAAACCACAAUGCUAGAAGUGCCAAUGAAAGUGCCUCAUAGCGUUCUUGUAAGCUUAGCAAGAGAUAUUUUUCGAGAUUGGGAUAUCGACUAUGAACUCGAGUUGGGUCUUGUCAUCGACUUACCUGUUAUUGGCACCUUUACCAUUCCCCUUUCUUCUAAGGGCGAGAUUAAGCUUCCUUCCAUCAAAGACUUUUUUAGUGGAGGAGACGACAAGGAAGAAAACAAGGAAUGAAUCAAAAAGCUUUUAUGUUUUAUACUUGCUAUUUCUCAUUGAAUUUGCAUUCUACAAUAUUUAUUUAUAUGGUGCAAAUUCAAAGCGAUACAAGAAAGUACAAUGAAAACACUACUGUUAUAUGCACUCAUUAGUUGAUGUUAACGAUACAUUUUUAACUUUCAUGUUGGGGAAUUUAUCUUUGCUUUUUUCAAGAAAAAAAUAUUGGUGUAUUAAUUUUACAUGAAUGUUUCAUCGUAAUACUAAAGAAAUACAAUACGAAACGAUAUUAUUGUA